AUGUCCCACAGCUCAGGCUCAGUUGCUGACAGGCCCUCAUCUGGCAUCUUGCUAGAGGUUGCCGAUGGAUUUGGGUCCCAUGCAGGAAAGAUCCGCGAUGCAGUGUUUUUUUGUGACAUUGCUGGGCAAUAUCUCGGUUACGUGGUUGGUCGCCAAUUAGCUUUCAGGAACCUCUCGACCAGCGAGGCGGGGCGUUGCGGUUCAUCCAGUGAUCAUCGGGCACAGCCGCUGCAUCAGGUGGGCUUCGCAGUGGAAAGCGGUGACAUUCAGGUCAUCAGUGCAUGUGCGGCUUCCAGAGACCGGUCUUUCUUAGCCUUGUGCCGAACGAACAGCUUCAAAAGUAGCAUCUCAAUCUAUGAGCUCGGAGCGAAUGCAACCAAUCGGCCAGUACAAAUCCUGGAGGAAUUGCAGGGGCGAGAUGGGCCCGUUGGCACACUGACUGCGGUGGCAUUCUCUUCUGCCACCAUGGCCAGUGGGAGAGCAGAGGAUCCAAACUCCAGGUUGUGUGUGGCCUCUGCGGGUCACUAUGCUCAGAUCGUCGUCCUCGAGUGGCGGCUGAAUGAAGUGCUGGGGCGAUAUAUGUUGACCGAGCCACUUACCAGGAUAGCUUUCAGCACGCUGGAUUCGGACAUUGUCUCAGGGAGUGGAUCCAACACCUUCGAAUUGUGGGCCUUGAAGGACUGGCCACCUUCGGAAACGUCCGAAGAGAAGCUGGAGAGCAAGGACAUGAUUGUGCUGCAACGAGUGGAAGAACUCAACGAAUAUUGCAGCACCUUCAUGGACCACACAUGGCUUCAACCGGCGAAUGGCGCCCUGGCUUUAUGCUCUCAUGAGGGGGCUGUUGAGAUUAUCUCCAGCGGCUUGGACGUGGAGGAUGUCGAUGGACGAGCUCAGCAUGUCGAUCCCGUACCUUACUUCAUCUGCCACAUCCAGUGCCCCUUCGGCAAGCGGCGCGCCGGCCUCCCGGCCACCGAGAUCCGCGCCUUCACCCAUGGCUUCGUGGUGGCGGGAGCGGACAGCUGCAUCAGCGUCUGGCGCCUUUCACAGGAGGGAGAUCGAGACGCCGAUGACAUGCUAUCGGGGCCUUCCUAUGAGCAUGACUGUACGGCGUGCUUGGCGCUGGGGGCGGGCUCACCUGUGGUGGCCCUUGAUUUAGUGGGUGGCCGUGACGAGGUGCAUGCUGCAGUGGGCUUCCAGAACGCUUACAUCACGCAUUUCCGCUUGAGCUUGCUGCGUUCUGGCGAGGUGGAACCAGCUGCUCCUGUUGAAGACCUACCACUGGUGGGAGGUGGCGCGCACGCAGGCCCAGUGACCAGCCUUGACAUGGCCGUGCAGCGCCCCAUAGUGGUCUCUGCUUGCAGCCAGGAUGGGACCAUUCGAGUAUGGGACUACCAAGCUGGUCGCUGUGACAUUUGCUGGCAAGCUUCUGAAGAGCUCACCAGUCUGGCCCUGCAUCCUUUUGGCUUCCUUCUUGCAGUGAGCUUCAGUGAUAGGAUUCGCCUGAUGGAGAUUCUAUCCAAAGAGCCUCCCUGGCACGACUGCGGUGAUACCUCUGAAGCUCUUCUCAGACAUCAACAUCAAGUGGCCACCUCAGCCAUCAGCCGUGUGACAUCAGAUUUGCGGCUGACUAUUGGGGGCCUCAUGGCAGAGGCUGCCCUCGAUGCAGCGCCAUCCAAAUCCUUAGCAGUUCCUUCCAAGGCCGCUCCACUACCGGAGGCAUUGUGCAAGGUGCCACCAGUCCCUGUCCCUGAGGCCUUAUCCAAGGCGCUACCGCCGGUCCCAGAUGCCUUGUCCAAAGCGUCCAUCCCGGUGCCGGAAGCCUUGUCCAAAGCUGUUGGGCUCCCAGAGGUGCCAUCCAAGGCUGGUGCUCAAGCAGCUCAACCAACAUUCCCAGAGGUGCCUUCGAAGGCUGCACCUCCGGUCCCAGAGGAGUCGGGAAAGCCCAAAUCGCUGGUGGUUGGGGAUGAGACCUUUCAGUUUGCCGCCGGCUUGCAGGAAGCCUAUCAGGAGAUGGACUUCACGGCCUGUUCCGUACUGUCCACUCAAAACAUCACGGCACGGGAAGCGAAUCCGUUUCCACCCGUGAUGAAGGGCCGAGUGAGGCAUAUGGUCAACCCGGUGACGAUUGGCAAGACCUUUCCAGCCGGAAGCUUUGAUGAGCUGGUCUUUUUCUUACCUGGCUUGAGUUUCUCAGUACCCAAGGAGUUGGGAACAUCAGAUCGGCCGCUGUAUGCUUAUAGAGUUCACCAAUUUGUUUUCCAUUUGCUGCGGUCAUCCAAGUCCCUGCUCAAGGGCGAUGGCCUUCUGCAUGUGGUGUGGCCAGAGGAAACUUGCCUCAUGAGCUCACCCUGUGGUGCCGCAGGCAUCGAGUUGGUACAGUUGUUGAACCACUUGGGGUGCCAGCAGACAACUGCGAAGUACAGCAUGGAGGCCAUCAAGGUUUUCGAGUGCAUCAAGCCCAUCGUUUUCGGAGGUUUUUGCAUUGAGCUGCCUGAAUGGCUGCAGAACCUGCAGAUGCUGACCUUUUCGCUGGACACGAAGCCCAUCCCGCUUCCACUGUCCGUGGCUUUGCAGCUGAAUCCUGAUUUGGAACUGGUGUCGAUCAAGGGAGCCGCAAAUGUAGCAGGUGUGGAAGCCCCUCCCGAAAUGGCCCCCCUGAGGGCCAAACUCAUCCAUGAGGCAAUUGCUCGGAAAGCACGCCUGAAAGAGAUCUAUGGUCGGGAUCCUCAAGAGAUGGUAUCGAACUAUGAUCUGGUCAAGGAGGCAUUAGCUCCAGAUCCGGAUGCUUUGCUUUCAAUACCCAUGGAGGCUUUCAUGAUGACCUUAGAUGAGCUGCCGCACUUCUCCAUUUGCUUGAAGUUUCAGGUCUUGGAGGAGGGAGUCGCGAACAAUGGAACUGGCG